AUGAGUGCUCAGCACAGCGUUUCUACUGGAAGUAGUCCCGUGAUAUCUUGCUUUAUCGAGGGCUGGUCAGUGCUCAGGCCUGUUGGUGCUGGCAAGUUCAGUUUGGAUGACAUCGACCCCAGCCUCUGCACCCACCUGGUCUUCCUCUUUGCUGGUCUCGACGACGACAGAUCAACCAUUUCUCUAGAAGCUGAAUACGACACUGAAGGAGCGUUCAGGCAACUCGUUGCCAUAAAAGCACGCGUCCCCUCGCUGCACGUCACCGUGGCCAUUGGAGGAUGGACGGAAGGCUCCGAAGGAUUUUCCAAGAUGGCUUCCUCGCGGCCCACAAGAAAAACCUUCAUCAACUCGGUUUUAGAAAAUUUGAGGCGUUACAAAUUGGAUGGCUUGGAUAUCUUCUGGCAAAACCCAGCUCAUAAAAUUCAAAAAGGUCGCCCGGAAGACAAGAGGAACUAUGUUACUUUAGUUAAGGAACUGAAAGAGGCUCUCAGGCCCGAAGGAUUCUCCCUGACCGUGGCGGUGAUGUCUGGCAAGAGCGUAAUCGACGAUGGCUACGACCUACCAGGCCUCGCCGAGCACGUUGAUUUCAUGUACCUGCUGACCUACGACUAUCACGGGAAGUGGGAAAGAAUUACCGGCCUCAACGCUCCACUCUACCCUCGCUCGGGGGAAACGGGCCUGGCUCGAACUAAUAAUGUCAACUUCACGGUAUCGUACGUACUGGAGAUGGGAGUACCCCCCGAAAAGAUCGUACUUGGACUUGCGCUUUUCGGUCGGACUUUCUUCUUGGCGGACCGCAGGAAUCAUCGAGUUGGUGCUGCUGCUCUGGAAGGAGACCCUUCGUCGGGGGACGGACUCCUCACAUACCGGGAGAUCUGCAAGCGAAUAGAGUCGGAAGGAAUAGUUUGGUCUAUCGCCCGUGAACAGGAGCAGCGAGCACCGUACAUCUACGGUGGCACGGAGUGGAUCGGCUAUGACGACUCACUGUCUCUUACUGAGAAAAUAGACCUGGCAAAGAAUCUGCACCUGCGCGGUGUGAGUGCGUUCGCCAUAUCCACGGACGACUUCAGAGGCGAAUGCCUGGCCGGCAAGUAUCCGCUCCUCAGGACGAUCAACGCUGAGAUGCGGGAUUAUAGCAUCGAACUCAAUCAACCACAAAGGCCUGCGGUGGUAGCGUGUUUUUACCAAAGCUGGUCAGUGUACCGGGAAUCUCUGGGCAAGUUCAAAAUAUCCGACAUCGACACCAGCCUCUGCACUCACAUUAUCUUCAGCUUCGUUGGACUUGAUGAGUCCAAACUUACAAUCGUCGAUCUUGAUCCUCACCUCCUGCAGCGGGGAGUCUACGACGAAUUGCGUCAGCUAAGAACCCUGAAUCCCAGCAUCGUACUUACGGUGGCCGUGGGGGGUUACAACGAAGGUUCUGAGAAAUUCUCCAGGAUGGUGGCUACAGCGGAAAACAGAAAAAAAUUCAUCUCAUCAGUACUUGAUUUUUUGCUACGAACUUUGCUGGACGGCAUUGAUCUGGCAUGGAUGGACCCCACCUUCCGCGGGGGCAAGCCUGAAGACAGAGAAAACUUCGCCCUCCUCGUGCAGGAACUUUCUGAGGCUUUUGCACCUCUUGGUUACUACCUAGGCGUUACUGUGAGUGGAAGAAGCUCCUUUUUAAGGCAGGGAUACGACCUUUCUGCCAUAGUAAAGGCUGCAGACGUGGUGCACAUCCUUGCCUACAACUUCCACGGUAACUGGGAAGGCCGAGCCGGGCACACAUCUCCUCUCUUCCCCAGCGAUGAGGAGAGAGUGCAAUCUAACGAUGCAGUCACGCUUAACAUGGACUCGGCCUUGCGCGCAGUGUUGGCAGGUGGAGUGCCCGCUCACAAGAUAGCAGUGAGCCUCCCCUUAUUCUCCACCACCUUCAUACUGCGAGACCCCACACAGAACUACUACGGAGCCCCUACCUUCAACACGGGCUUCCAAGGACCCUACACCAAGUCUGUCGGCUACGUUGGAUACAAUGAGAUAUGCGAGAUGCAGCUUGAACAAGACAGACGCCAACAACAGAACCAAUACGUUGUUAGAGGCUGGACGAUUGACUGGCAUGAGCAGCAUCGAGUGCCGUACAUGUACAAAGACGAUAAGUGGGCCGGCUUUGACAACGUCACAACUAUUGAAGAAAGGGUUCGACUUGCGCUCAGCCAUGGUGUGAACGGUAUUAGCGUGUGGUCGGUCGACACGGACGACUUCAGAGGCGUGUGUGGCAACGGCAAAUACCCGCUUCUCAGCGCCAUCAACCGGGUGUUCCAGGAGAACAAGAUACCUGAUAAACAAAGGCCCGUGAUGCCUUCAUCGACCACAGAGAGGAAUGUACCGACGAUGUCGAGGCCCGUAUCUGGAUGUAGCGUCGUCGCCACGAGUAAUGUGAGCUUCGCUGUUUUCUCCUGUGGAGCACUGAAUGAUCCAGCAGAAUGUGAUGCUGGCGACACCGUCCCGCCUCAAACCGUCGUGCUGGCCACGUGUUGGGAGACUGCAGACAUGACUGUCAGAGGCUAUAAGGACCAUAAAAAGGCCGAACAUGCCAGAAGAUCUUGGGACUUUGAGGGCUUUGGAAACUUUAACAGCGAUGACGGACAUCGUAAAGACGACGUUGUCUCUCUCGGCUAUGGCUCACCGCGAAAUCGUCUCGGCCACAUAAUCGGGGGUUGA